AUGUUCAGUGCCAUCCAAUUUGAGGAACCCAUAAAUGUCAGUAACUUUACAUUGACUAUCUAUGUGGUUUUCUUGUCUAUCCAGGAGACUUCCCAUCCCCCAGUUAGCUAUCUAUACAUGCGCUCUGUUGAGGAGCUUUUUGCAGUCUUUGCAUUUGCAACAUGUGGUGGCUAUUCUGGAGGACUGCGGCUCAGCGUGGACUGUGCCAACAGGACACAGAGCGACCGCAGCAUUGACAUAGCCUUUGCCUAUCCCUUCAGGUUGUACCAGGUGAAUUUUGAUGCUCCCACCUGUGAAGGCAAACGAGAAAAACUUUCACUAAUAGGCGACUUUUCUUCUUCUGCGGAAUUCUUUGUCACUGUUGCCGUCUUUGCCUUCCUCUACUCCUUGGCAGCCACAGUAGUUUACAUUUUCUUCCAGAACAAAUACCGUGAAAACAACAGGGGUCCUUUGAUUGACUUCAUUGUGACAGUGGUAUUUUCAUUCAUGUGGCUUGUGGGUUCUUCUGCUUGGGCUAAAGGACUAUCUGAUGUGAAGGUUGCCACUGACCCAGAUGAAGUACUCUUACUGAUGUCGGCUUGCAAACAACAGGCCAACAAGUGCUUGCCUGUGUACAGCCCUGUUAUGUCAAGUCUUAAUACUUUAGUUGUCUUUGGAUUCUUGAACUUUAUUCUCUGGGCAGGAAAUAUCUGGUUUGUUUUUAAGGAGACUGGUUGGCAUUCUUCAGGUACAAGGUACCCUCAAGACACUCUCGAGAAACAGUCCAGCAGCUAUAACCAAGGUGGCUACAAUCAAGAUAGCUAUGGGUCGAGUGGUGGGUAUAACCAGCAGGAAGGCAGUUUUGGGCAGCAAACUAAUUAUGGCCAAAUUGAUGAAUUUGGCCAGCAACCACAGACCUUCAGUCAGAGUGGCCCAACUUCAUUUACUAAUCAAAUGUAGCAACGGCAGAAUUCUGAGAGCCCUUACAUGGAUCAUUAUAUGUAGAAAGUUCAAACAUGGUGAUAGACAGCACAUUUCUGAGUGUUCGUAGAUUAAUGUGAUGAAGAGUUUCAACUAAUUCAAAGGUCUGUGAAUAUGAACUGCAAGAGUUGGGUUGUGGCUCUUGUUUGUAAAUGAUGCAGUUCCUCCCCCGUGAAUGAUAAUGAUGAUGACGAUGAC